AUGCGCGCAAGCUGUCUUCCGCGAGGCGGGAAGCUCCUCGGCCGUUUAACUGAUAGUGAUCGACCGUUUCUAUGUCAGAGCCGUUUCUCGGCCCCCCCCCCCCUUCCCUCCGCCUCAGUGCGCGUUCGUUGUGAGCGCUUCCGCCCGGGUUUUGGUAGUGUGAACGGGGAAGCAAACCUCAGGAGCUUACCGGUGGAUAUUUCAAUAACGGCAGCCUCUCUAGAAGUGAGAAGCGGAGAGGCCUGCACAGCGGUGACGCUCCCGGCAGAGGUCAGGGUUGCCCCGUCCUCCUGCCGCGGGCUGCGGUACCUGCCGGGCGAUGGGCUGCACCUGAGGCUGCAGGUGCAGACUGGCUCCGACACGAAAUUGGUUUCUCCUUUGAGUGAAAGGCUGAAACCCCAGAAGAGUUAUGUCUUUUACUGUCAGUCCUGUGGUGACAUCAUAAUAAAAGAACGGAAAUUUCUCAGAGUUCUUCCUCUACCAGAUGAGAACUGGAGUGCUUUAGUUGAAGAAUGGUGUUGCCACCCUAACCCCUUUGCCGGAAGUGCAUUGCACCCUCAGAAAGAUGACUGUUUUCUUGGAGAUGCAUUUUUUCUGUUGAAUUCAGGAAAUGAGUCACACGUGCCAGGGUCUCCCUUGUACUGUGCAGAGGCUAGACAUCGCACUUCUCAGAGUGCCUUCACCUUGAAAUCAAAGGAAAAUACCAGAGUAAUCUGUAAGCGCUGCAAGACAACGCUGGGAGAAACAGUAUCAUCAGAGACCACUAAGUAUUAUGUCACUGAGGUGAUCAUUCGACCAUCCAAGGAAAGUUUCAACACAAUAUCAAGGUCUCAGUUCAUACAGAGCACGAUAGCUCAGUGUCUUGUGGAAUUUUCCCGUGCUAAAAGCACAUUCAGAUUCAGCAUAAAAGGGGAUGAUGGAAAAGUGUAUAUUUUGAUAUGGCUUUUAAAUUCUGACACACUCCUAGUGGAGUCUUUAGGAAGUUCGUCCUCCCACAAUGUUUUUAUGCUGUUUGGAGAUACUUUGAGGCCCGAUUCUGCAUCAACGGGGACCUGGAAUGCUGCCAAGAUUCUUUACCAGCCGUGCAUUAAAAACAGGAAUAAGGACCUUGCUGAUGCGUGGGAAAAUGAUAUUGGAGUUCAUCCUUUAACGUUUCCAUCAGCAACAUGUUUGGAAUUACUGCUAAUACUGAGUUUGAGUACCACCUCUCUGCCACCUUCACUUCGUUGCAUGAACUCUUUCCAGGUUGCCUUUUUGAAGAUGUGAAGAAUCCAGAUAUAUAUGUUGAAAACUAUUCUCAAAUUCAUCUUCAGCAAAAACGUACAGCUGCUUUCCAGUGCUGUGCUUUCUAGAAAAGAAUGGGCAGGCGAUACAAAACAAAAUUUGGGGAUGCAGGGUGUAUCUUCACGUCUGGUUGUGUUUCAGAAUUAUAAAACCCAAGACAGGGAGUACAUGUCAUUCUAGAUGUCAUUCUGGGAGUGACUUAUCUGACACGUUAGAAAGCUGGGAUGACUGUUACUAUGAUCUCUUCAUUGCCAAAGGAGAAUUAAUCUAUUUACCCAAUAUUACCUUUAUGGCACAGUGGUUGGUAGCCACUUAUAUGUCCUAAGGAAGAUGAACAACUGGUAACAAAGAGAGGUCCUGAAAUAUUUUAUGUUGUGGAUGCUAAAGUCAGCUCUGUACUUUUUUGGUCUGGUGAAGUUAGAGGUCCAGCUUUAAAAUAAAAAUAUCUGGUUUUGUUACAAUUAUAGAGUUAUCAUGUAUGUUGUUUCCACAUUAAGGCCUGUCUCCCCUCUUGAGAGAGAAGGAAGACAGUGUCCGUAUUCCUGCAUUUUGUACAGAAUUUGGUGAAAUUUAUAAUGUUUUAGAGAAUCAAGUUUUCAUGGUUACUUGGAAUAAUUUUGAUGGAACUUCAAAAAAGAGUAUGUAUAUGAAGGGUGGCUUUGCAGAAACAGAAGACAGAACAUCUUCUUGCUGGAUCUCUUUGCUGGAGACAGAAGAUACUUGUAGCAAGUUAGUACAGCUUCCCUAAAUUGUGCUUCUCUGAUGUGGAUGCUUAUCUGCCUUUCAUGGGAAUGAUAACACACUUUCGUGAAAAAAGAGAAUCUGUUACUAUUUUCAGUUUUGGAGUGAACUGAUCACUUGUUAGUUGACAGCAAAAACUUUCUCCUCCCUUAGCUGAGGAGGACAGAAUGGUGUAUGUGCAAGGGCUAAGCAGAAGGAGAGAAAUGAAUUAUUUCUGUCCGCACAGACAUCACUGUCCAUUCAGGAGCUGCUCUAAGCUCUGUCUUGACAAAGUCUAUAACUUGAGCCACAGGGGAAAUACUUGCUGCUGUUUGGCUGAGCUCUUGUUUUUACAUGAGUGUGAAACUUGCUCCCCUUGUGAAACUUUGAGAGGUGCUCUUUAUGGUGCAUCCACAAGUCUGUAGCGUUGUACAGGCCAUAAAUGUAGAAAGGUUCAAGAGCACUGGUGUAUUUUACGUAGUUCAACAAACGUGAACCCUAUUGUAAAAGUUUUGCUAGUAAAUUUUGGAAAAAUCAAUAGACCUGGUGUUUCAGGGAUUAAAUCAGCCGUAUAGGCAAAAUUCAAAGAUCUCAUGUAGGAGGUAGAUUGUUUUGUGUCUGCACUUUUCUGUAAGUAAGUGGCUGAUAUUGACACAUCAGAGUCAGGUACUGGACUAGUUUAUCCGACCUGUGUCGGAUAAUCAUGUGCCAGUUCCUGUGUUCUCAAAAUGUAUAGAAAAUGAACUCCAAAAAGAAAAAAGGAGAACUUGUUUAUGUAGUCUAGCUUUUUCAAAGUCCAUCUUUAAUCUCCUAAAACAAAAAGAUGGUACCUUAGUGGAAAAGAGCUGUAUGAAAAUAACUGAUUUUGAGGAGAAUAUUCUUGGUAGAGGAGUUCUUCCAAAAUUCCUGAAUUUUCUGGAAACUUAACAUGCCCCUUACUCACUUGGUGAUGAAAUCAUUGUAAUGUAGGAACUGACAUUCCCUGCAAAGUUUUGAGCACCUUCUGUGAGCUAUGAGGUAUCCAAAGACAGGUAGCUGAGGCCUCUCAGCACCCUUCCUGGGCAUCUUAUUUUUCUGUAAUUAUUUUAGUUUUCAGUAUUCAAGGAAGAAAAAAAAUACUCUGAGUUUUGUAUUCAGGGACUAGAUUAUCUAACUCCAAGAUAUUUUGUCUGUGCAUCAAUGUUUAGACAUUUUAUGAAUAAAAUAUAUUUUCCAAAUCA